AGAUGCCUUCAUCCCCAAAUCGGGCCUGGCACAUCUCUCUCCCCCUCACCCCUCCUUCUCCUUCUCCAACUCCGCCGCCGCCACGGCCAGGCCGGCGUGGUGGUGCGCCUCCGUCACCCAUCCAUCCACCAGCAUACCCACCACCAGCAGCCUCCAUCCACCACUCCACUAGCGCCACCAUCUCCAGCCAUUGCCGCCAUCAGCACCAAGCGCCUCUCUCCUCCUUUCUGCCCCGAUCUUGCUCCUCUUGUCUCUCAACGUACCCUGCUGCUGCUCCUUCUUCUCUUCCUCUGUUGCUGCUGCUGCUCUCUCAACCCUCCACGCUGCUGCUGCUCUGAACUCCCAACCUCCUGCGGUUUCUCUCUGAACCCCUUCGCUGCUGCUCCUCCCCUCGUCCCUACUGCUGCUCCUCCUCCGCUCGACUUCUUCUACCUGCCGCUGCUGCUGCUCUCAACCUCUCUCCUUGCGCCCCUUCUUCUCCCACGAACUACUGCACCUUCUCCUCUCAACGCCUCCUACUGCUGCACUUUCUCUCCAACGCCCCUGAUGUCCAGCUGCUCCUCUUCACCAACUUGCUGCUGUCAUCUCUCUCUAUCUCUCUUUCUCCCUCUCUCUAUUCUCUAAAUUUCUGUAAUCUUUGAGUAGUGUAAUGUUUAGUACUCUAUAAUGUUCAGAAUUGAGAUGUGUAAUACUUAUAAUAUUCAGAUUUCAUAAGAGCUUAUAACCUGACGAUUGUUCAGUUUCGGACUUAUAAAUAUUGUAUCACAUAUUGUGUGUUCUCACCAGUUGAAGUGUUCUUGCCGUGUAUUUGUGGUCUUUCUGUCACCAUAUAUGAGUAUCCAACCUUGUGAACUUGUUUCAUUUUGUAGUCUGUGUUAACUCCAGCACGUGUGAUAUAUGUAUACAUGUGUGCCUAUGAUGUGAUAUGUUCAUGUUCUGUCCUAAAACCUUGUUUCUUCCUCCAUGUUAUAUAUAUGAUCAUGUCUUUUUAAUUCCCUAGCUGUUUGAUGAUUGCUCGUAUUAGUAUUUUAACUUCUCAAGCAUUACGAAAAUACCAAAAAGACAAUGAGUAAAAUCUGAAUCUCCCUUUGCUUCUUUUCAUUUACUUUGUCGCCAAUUUUCCGAAACGAUCUUAGAUACUUCAGGUUUAUUUUCCCAGUAAUCGUCACUUAAAUUGUCUAUCCUAGCUUUAGCCGAGCAUCAUCGCUGAUCGUCUAGUCCCUGUGGAGAACAAGACAUUCGUAGUUUGGGGCGUAAAAACCCCGCUAUAUUACAAUUGAUCAUUUUAGCAGCGUUGCCGGGGACUAGCGUCGUGUGACCGUGUUAGGCUAUAGACUAGGUUUUUCUUCUUUUUCUAGUUUGUGCCAUAUAUUCGUGAUAUAUCUCUAACCGCUAACCCCUAUUCUAGUUAGUAUCUUUUUUUUUGUUUUCUUUUCCUUUUUGCAGGUUAGAACUAUCUUCUCGGAAAUGGCAUUCUAUUCAGAUCAUCAUGCUUAUGCGAGCAACACUACAAACAGCAUGGAAAGUAUUCAAGAACUGAUAGGGCCAUUCGCCCGCUGAAUGUCAGCGUGGCUACUCUCACACUCCAGAUUGUUUUGGCAUGAGCUUCGCUCAAGAUCAUAGCUCAUACCAAAACAAUUACUCAUAUGGGUGGCCUGAAAACCCGAAUAUGUCAUAUAGGAGCAACAACCCUGAGAUCUCAUCGUUUGCUUCUAGUAAUCAUAUGCGGGGAUUUAGGUACAAUGAGGAGAGCCACAACUAUGCUCCACAACAGAUUUAUUCAGCUCCUACUCAUAUACCUCAACACCAGGAGAUGUUGCCAAUGGAGUUAAAUGGUCCUCCAUUUGGUCAACCAACAACUCCAGCAACUGCUGAGCAAUCUCAUGUGCAAGUGCCCACACAAGAUGAAUUUGAUGAUAUAGACAAGCUCACAUUGCUUAGUCUCGAGUUCACUUGGAGUGCUGAAGAUGAUCCAAUUAGGCCGAUGAUACUAGAUGAAAUGAAGAAUAUCAAGAGUGGAAAAGAGCUAGUGGAUGAAGUAAGGAAGAUUGAGAAGAACAUCAACGCUAGUAGUACUAUCUCAUCUCUCCUUGAGCUGAGUGCUGCUGAGAUUUCUAGUCAUACAUGUGAGGUUCCAACACCGUCACAUCCAGUUGAGCAAGAUAGCAAGAGUCCAGAGGAAGAAAGACCUCGGAUUGAAGAAGAUGAACUAGAAGACAAGGAACAAGAUGAUCAAGAGCUGCAAUUCCCAAGUGAUCAAGUUGAAGACUCAUCAUCUACUACUCCUGAAGAAAUACAAGAAGCUGCUGUAGAUGAAGAUGAAGAACAUGCGAUUCAUUUGCCUAUCGUCAUACCAGAGCGUGAUGUGUCAGGUUUACCCAAUCCUCUUGAUGACAUGAUGCCUUGUGAUUUCUUUGCUACUACCUUGCAUUACAUGAUACCAUCACUUAACAUUGAUUUGAAAACUCAUUUGCUUGGAUAUGAUGAUAUAUACCCUGUUAGUGGCAUUACUCUCAUUUGUGAUGAUCAUAGUUACUUUCCUCGUGCUAGUCCUAUGCUUCAUGAAACAUAGCAUUCCCAUGUUAGUCUUAAGCUUAAUGAUAAAUAUCAUCCUCAUGUUAGUGUUGACCUUGCUAAUUUCUACCAUCCUAAACAUGUGCUUUAUAGCUAUGCUUAUGUAAUUGGAUAUUCGAUUGAUGACUUGGAGGGUAUUAUCCCUACCACUUGCAUUGUCUCUUUGGUUGAGUGCUCUUUCAGGUUAUUGCUUGUGCACGAUCCACUACAUGCUGACCAAGUUCGAGAUGACAUUCCCUGGGACCCUGGUGGACCCAUGGCAUGGGGAUGAGGAGAAGCAAGGAGCACACAUGAAGAGAGAAGCUGGAGCAGGCAUGAGGAUAGGGAAGCAAAAGGAGAGGAGUCGCAAUGCACGAGGAUGUGAGAGUGAUCGAGCGAGACUUACAUCAUAUAAACCCGGUGAGCUGUUUCAUGACCCCAAUCUGAAUACCAUCAUACAUUAUACAUGCUGUAAUCAACUGUUAUUUGGGUUGCUUGUGUCAUUUCUUAAAUACCGUCCCACUGAAUUUUACCUUCGACAUAGGGCGAUUGAUGUGAAUAUGUGAACUGAGUGUUGAAUGCCUUGUAAACUAGUGAUCUAUACAAUGCUUGCUUUGCUGAAAGUAGUGGAAGUUAUUAGUUUUGAGUGCUCAAAUCCCUAGUACACUAGAAAACUUAAUCAUUUUCUGCUUUUACCUCGAUACACCUAAAUCACCACGUUUAGAUGCUGUAUUUGUGCCAAGUGUCUUCCCAUUGAGAGCAAUCACCUAACCACUAUGGAUUAGCAUGCUAUGUUCCCUGGAUCGGUAGCAUGUGAACCAGACAUGGAGAAGUGAUGAUUCCUAUUUUUGUGCUUAAGCGUUGUUCAUUUAAGAUAAGUAAUAAUGAAUAAAUAAGUCUGGCUACCUACAGUAGCAUGUCAUGUUCACGGGAUCGGUGGCAUGUGAAAUCGGGUUAGCUUGGGCAGUAAUUAAUAAUAAUAAAAAUGUAAUUGUCGAACCAGGUGUAUACCAUGUUCUCAGGAUCGGUGGUAUGUUCCUUUGGGGAGACAAACAAAAAAAAUUUCAUAAAAAUUGGUUGAGCCAGGUGUAUACCAUGUUCUCGGGAUCGGUGGUAUGUUCCUUUGGUGAGAUCAAUAAAAUAUUAUCAUUACUUCCUUCAAACUCAAUUAGUGGUUCAACCACCAAGUUAUAUUUCUGCAAAUAAGAGAUUUAAUUCCAGUUCUUUUUGUUCUCGGGAUCAUGCUCUCUUUAGGAACCAUUUGGCGCAAUCAGCAUUUGAAUUUGUUGAUCCAUUUUUAUCAUUGUAAAAGUUUAAAAUUAUUGAGUCUACUAGUAUCCUAUUGCUUUGUAGCACUCUUAUCCAUUAAUUUUCAUUAGCUAAGUCCAAAGCAUGCUUUGUUUAGAGAUCUACUUCACUUGACAUUCUCUAGUCAAUUCACUGUUCAUGUUCUUGCUUUUGUCAUAUGCCUUUGCUAGAGGACAAGCAAAGAUUUAAGUGUGGGGGAACUUGAUAAGCACAUUUCAUAUAUAUAAUUUUGGCACACAAACACACCAUUUAUUGUGAUCCGACGAUCCAUUCUUGCUGUGAACUAUGAUAUAUUUAAAUGAAAAUCAUAUAAAAGAUCAUUUACUCGUCAUUUGAUUAUUUUGCAGAAAAGUGCGCAAAGGCACUAUAAUCUUCAAGAUUCGGACGAAUUGGCCAUUGAGAAGAGAGAAGGGCAGGAAAGAGGUGAAGGAAGGGACCUGAGCAUGAAGGAAAGAAGAAACCGGGGGCCAAAACUAAAGAUGGAGGGGAUCGACUUCAGAAGAAAGAAGGAAAGGAGGAGGGCCAAAUUGCAAUAUGGGCUGAUCAACCGUGGGGUCAAAAUCCCUAGAUGCCUUCAUCCCCAAAUCGGGCAUGGCACAUCUCUCUCCCCCUCACCCCUCCUUCUCUUUCUCCAACUCCGCCGCCGCCACGGCCAGGCCGGCGUGGUGGUGCGCCUCCGUCACCCAUCCAUCCACCAGCAUACCCACCACCAGCAGCCUCCAUCCACCACUCCACUAGCGCCACCAUCUCCAGCCACUGCCGCCAUCAGCACCAAGCGCCUCUCUCCUCCUUUCUGCCCCGAUCUUGCUCCUCUUCUCUCUCAACGUCCCCUGCUGCUGCUCCUUCUUCUCUUCCUCUGCUGCUGCUGCGGCUCUCUCAACCCUCCACGCUGCUGCUGCUCUGAACUCCAACCUCCUGCGGUUUCUCUCUGAACCCCUUCGUUGCUGCUCCUCCCCUCGUCCCUACUGCUGCUCCUCCUCUGCUCGACUUCUUCUACCUGCCGCUGCUGCUGCUCUCAACCUCUCUCCUUGCGCCCCUUCUUCUCCCACGAACUGCUGCACCUUCUCCUGUCAAUGCCUCCUACUGCUGCACUUUCUCUCCAACGCCCCUGAUGUCCAGCUGCUCCUCUUCACCAACUUGCUGCUGUCAUCUCUCUCUAUCUCUCUUUCUCCCUCUCUCUAUUCUCUAAAUUUCUGUAAUCUUUGAGUAGUGUAAUGUUUAGUACUCUGUAAUGUUCAGAAUUGAGAUGUGUAAUACUUAUAAUAUUCAGAUUUCAUAAGAGCUUAUAACCUGACGAUUGUUCAAUUUCGGACUUAUAAAUAUUGUAUCACAUA